CCGCCCCCGUCAGCAGUUACCUGUCCCCCUCCCCCACUAGGCACGCACCUCCCCUUUCCUAGGCGCCUACUUUGGAGCGCUGGACCCCUCACCCCCAAACACCCCGCACUCGCUUCCCGCGCCGGCCGCCCCUUCGGCUCUUUCUCCCGAGGGUGGGGGUGGGAUGGGGGGCGCUGAGUAUCCAAGGCGGCGCGAGCAGGGACCCGAAAGCCUAGACAAUAGUUGAUGCCCGGGGAUGGGGCACCUCCGCCCCCUACUCCGCCAGGAACAUGCCCCCCGCCGGCUGCUCUCCAAUCUGCAUUCGGGGUCCCCUUCAGAGCCCGGCUCGGGAGUUGGACUGAUUCGCCCCCGCCUCCCCCGGGCCCCUCAGAGCUCGGCGCCCGCCCCAGCCCGGCCUCGCCGCCUGCGGUUCUCUGCAGAGGAGGCGGCGAGUGAGCGCGCGCCGACGGUGUACACGGUUUCUUUUUCUCCCCAGGGAGAGCGCGCGGCGGACCCGCCCGGGACGCGCGGCGGCACGGGGAGGCCGGGCCCAGCGGUUCAGUUUCAAAUUUGAAUCUCCUGUAGUACUGACUGUAACCUGAUUUCCAAGAUAUUUUUAUAAGAAGUAGAUCAAAAGGACUGUACUUUCAGUGAAAGGAAGAGGGAGGCAGUUGGUUAUCUAGUUGCAUUAUCCAACCCAUCUGUUUCCUGUUUUGAGAGAAUACCUCAAGUUGGACUCCAAAGCAAGAUUUACUGCUGACUUUGAAGUGGAAAAGGGUUGUGCAUUAUUACUGGGGAUGCUAAUUGUCAAAAUUUCUGUAGCCAUGGCACAAGACUAUAAGAAAGCAUGGGAUUAUGGCAGCCACAGAGUCCCAGUAAUACAACUUCCAUUCAGUUUUUUCUCAAAGGAAGCCAUUUAUUAAAGUGAAGCAAAGAAACAAUAGUGGAUUAUAAUGUUUUGAAGAUUUGGAUUUUCAGAAGCUUGAAAACAAGGCAUCAUUUAACCUUUUAAAUGAAAAAGAUUAAGAUCUUGAGCAGCUGCUGUCUUUGCUGGAACCCAUUCUCCAUAAGGGAAGUGCACAUUUACAACUUAGAUAUGAUGGUCCUUUCUGCAGGGAUUUAAGUCCGAUUGCUUUCCCACCAUGACCAGCCUGAAACGGUCGCAGACGGAGAGGCCUAUUGCCACCGAGAGGGCCUCCGUGGUGGGCGCCGAUGGCCCUCCCAAAGUCCACACCGACGACUUCUACAUGCGGCGCUUCAGGUCCCAAAAUGGCAGCUUGGGAUCAUCGGUCAUGGCUCCCGUGGGGCCCCCCCGCAGCGAAGGUCCUCACCAUAUAACCUCGACCCCCGGAGUUCCAAAGAUGGGGGUUAGGGCGAGAAUUGCAGAUUGGCCCCCGAGGAAGGAAAACGUAAAAGAAUCUAGCCGUUCAAGCCAGGAAAUAGAAACCUCAAGUUGCCUUGAGAGCAUGUCCUCCAAAAGCAGUCCUGUGAGUCAGGGAAGUUCUGUUAGCCUCAACUCCAGUGACUCAGCCAUGCUGAAGAGCAUACAGAACACGCUGAAGAACAAGACCCGGCCGCUGGAGAACAUGGACUCCAGAUUUCUCAUGCCUGAAGCCUAUCCCAGCUCCCCCAGGAAGGCCCUUCGCAGGAUACGGCAGCGGAGCAACAGUGAUAUCACCAUAAGUGAACUUGACGUGGAUAGCUUUGAUGAAUGUAUCUCGCCCACAUACAAGACUGGGCCAUCACUGCACAGGGAAUAUGGUAGCACAUCUUCGAUCGAUAAGCAGGGAACGUCUGGAGAGAGCUUCUUUGACUUGUUAAAGGGCUACAAAGAUGACAAAUCCGACCGAGGUCCAACUCCAACCAAGCUCAGUGACUUUCUCAUCGCCGGUGGGGCCAAGGGUUCUGGUUUCUCUUUGGAUGUUAUAGAUGGGCCCAUCUCACAGAGGGAGAACCUCAGGCUCUUCAAGGAACGGGAAAAACCACUCAAGCGACGGUCCAAGUCUGAAACCGGAGACUCAUCCAUUUUUCGUAAAUUACGCAAUGCCAAAGCUGACGAACUUGGGAAAUCAUCCGAUCUUGAAGAUAACCGAUCAGAGGACUCUGUCAGACCCUGGACGUGUCCAAAGUGCUUUGCCCACUACGAUGUUCAGAGUAUAUUGUUUGACUUGAAUGAGGCGAUUAUGAACAGGCACAAUGUUAUUAAGAGGAGGAACACCACCACGGGGGCUUCGGCAGCUGCCGUAGCCUCCUUAGUUUCAGGGCCAUUGUCUCACUCAACCAGUUUCAGCUCCCCGAUGGGCAGCACGGAGGACCUGAAUUCCAAGGGAAGCCUCGGGAUGGACCAGGGAGACGAUAAAAGCAACGAACUUGUAAUGAGCUGCCCGUAUUUCCGGAACGAGAUAGGUGGAGAAGGUGAGAGGAAAAUCAGUCUGUCCAAAUCCAACUCCGGUUCCUUCAGUGGAUGUGAAAGUGCCUCCUUUGAGUCUGCACUGAGCUCCCACUGCACCAACGCAGGAGUGGCGGUCCUGGAGGUGCCCAAGGAGAACUUGGUGCUGCAUCUGGAUCGAGUGAAAAGGUACAUUGUGGAGCAUGUGGACCUCGGCGCUUACUAUUACAGGAAAUUCUUCUAUCAGAAGGAACACUGGAACUAUUUUGGGGCCGAUGAGAAUCUUGGCCCAGUGGCUGUGAGCAUACGAAGGGAAAAACCAGAAGAAAUGAAAGAAAAUGGAUCUCCUUACAACUACCGAAUAAUUUUUCGGACUAGUGAGCUCAUGACACUCAGAGGUUCGGUCCUGGAGGAUGCUGUUCCCUCUACGGCGAAGCACUCAACAGCCAGAGGGCUGCCCCUGAAAGAAGUGCUGGAGCACGUGGUUCCCGAGCUCAACGUCCAGUGCCUGCGCCUGGCCUUCAACACUCCCAAGGUCACAGAGCAGCUCAUGAAACUGGACGAACAAGGCCUAAACUAUCAGCAAAAAGUCGGCAUCAUGUACUGCAAAGCUGGACAGAGCACAGAAGAAGAGAUGUACAACAAUGAAUCAGCCGGCCCAGCCUUUGAAGAGUUCCUUCAGCUGUUGGGAGAACGUGUUCGGCUCAAAGGAUUCGAGAAGUAUCGUGCACAGCUUGACACCAAAACUGACUCCACUGGAACCCAUUCUCUGUACACAACCUACAAAGACUAUGAAAUUAUGUUUCACGUCUCCACCAUGCUGCCAUACACACCCAACAACAAGCAACAGCUCCUACGGAAGCGGCACAUUGGAAAUGAUAUCGUAACAAUAGUUUUCCAAGAGCCUGGAGCACAGCCAUUCAGCCCGAAAAACAUCCGAUCCCACUUUCAGCACGUCUUCGUCAUCGUCAGGGCUCACAACCCCUGCACGGACAGUGUCUGUUACAGUGUGGCUGUCACCAGGUCCAGAGAUGUGCCGUCCUUUGGACCUCCCAUCCCCAAAGGGGUCACUUUCCCUAAGUCAAAUGUGUUCAGGGACUUCCUCCUGGCCAAAGUGAUAAAUGCAGAAAACGCUGCUCAUAAAUCAGAAAAGUUCCGGGCUAUGGCCACGCGGACGCGCCAGGAAUACCUGAAAGAUCUGGCAGAAAAGAAUGUCACCAACACCCCUAUUGACCCCUCUGGCAAGUUCCCCUUCAUCUCUCUGGCCUCCAAGAAGAAGGAAAAGUCUAAGCCAUAUCCAGGAGCCGAGCUCAGCAGCAUGGGGGCCAUCGUGUGGGCCGUCCGAGCCAAAGACUACAACACGGCGAUGGAAAUAGACUGCCUUCUAGGGAUCUCCAAUGAGUUCAUCGUCCUCAUUGAACAGGAGACAAAGAGCGUGGUUUUCAACUGCUCCUGCAGGGAUGUGAUAGGGUGGACCUCCACUGACACCAACCUCAAAAUCUUCUACGAGCGAGGGGAAUGUGUUUCCGUGGAGAGUUUCGUUAACGAGGAUAUCAAGGAAAUUGUCAAAAGGCUGCAGUUUGUGUCAAAAGGUUGCGAAUCGGUGGAGAUGACUCUGCGCAGGAACGGGCUAGGACAGCUUGGCUUCCACGUCAACUACGAGGGCAUCGUGGCGGACGUGGAGCCCUACGGCUACGCCUGGCAGGCGGGGCUGCGGCAGGGCAGCAGGCUGGUGGAGAUCUGCAAGGUGGCAGUGGCCACUCUGAGCCAUGAGCAGAUGAUCGAUCUCCUGAGAACGUCCGUCACAGUGAAGGUUGUCAUCAUCCCCCCGCAUGACGACUGCACCCCACGGAGGAGUUGCUCUGAAACCUACCGCAUGCCAGUGAUGGAGUACAAAAUGAACGAAGGGGUUUCAUACGAAUUCAAGUUUCCCUUCCGAAAUAACAACAAGUGGCAGAGGAAUGCCAGCAAGGGGCCUCAUGCUGCUCCAGUGCCGUCCCAGGUGCAGAGUCCCAUGACCUCCAGGCUGAACGCUGGGAAAGGAGACGGGAAGAUGCCCCCUCCGGAGAGAGCCGCCAACAUUCCUCGCAGCAUCUCCAGCGAUGGGCGCCCUCUGGAGAGGCGGCUGUCUCCUGGUUCCGACAUCUACGUGACGGUCUCAUCCAUGGCGUUAGCAAGAUCCCAGCAGUGUCGUAAUUCCCCCAGCAACCUGUCUUCAUCCAGCGAGACCGGCUCUGGGGGAGGCACGUACAGGCAGAAGUCCAUGCCUGAAGGGUUCGGAGUGAGCCGCAGAUCCCCGGCCUCCAUCGACAGGCAGAACACGCAGUCCGAUCUUGGCGGCAGUGGAAAAUCCACACCCAGCUGGCAAAGAAGUGAGGAUAGCAUUGCCGACCAGAUGGCUUACAGUUAUAGAGGACCUCAGGAUUUCAAUUCUUUUUUCCUCGAGCAGCAUGAAUAUACAGAGCCGGCGUGCCACCUCCCCGCAGUGUCGAAGGUGCUGCCAGCCUUCCGCGAGAGCCCCAGCGGGAGACUGAUGCGGCAGGACCCGGUGGUUCAUUUGUCCCCGAACAAACAAGGGCAUUCCGACAGCCACUACUCGAGCCACUCCAGCAGCAACACGCUCUCCAGCAACGCGUCGAGCGCCCACAGUGACGAGAAGUGGUAUGACGGGGACCGCACCGAGUCCGAGCUCAACAGCUACAACUACCUGCAAGGCACCUCCGCCGACAGCGGCAUCGACACCACCUCCUACGGCCCCAGCCACGGCAGCACCGCCUCCCUGGGGGCCGCCACGUCGUCGCCUCGCUCGGGGCCAGGCAAGGAGAAGGUGGCACCCCUGUGGCACAGUUCCAGCGAAGUGAUCUCCAUGGUGGAUCGGACUUUAGAGACGGACAGCCAUGGCAUGGACCGGAAGGCAGAAUCCUCCCUGAGCCUGGAUAUCCACAGCAAGGGCCAGGCCGGCUCCAGCCCUCUGACAAGGGAGAACAGCACUUUCAGUAUCAACGACGCUGCUUCCCACACAAGUACCAUGAGCUCCCGUCACUCCGCCAGCCCGGUCGUCUUCACCAGUGCCAGGAGUUCGCCCAAGGAAGAGCUCCACCCCGCCGCCGCCUCGCAGCUCGCGCCUUCCUUCUCCUCCUCCUCGUCCUCCUCGUCUGGCCCUAGGACUUUCUACCCUCGCCAGGGCGCUACUAGCAAGUACCUGAUCGGAUGGAAAAAACCCGAAGGAACCAUAAACUCCGUGGGAUUUAUGGACACAAGAAAGCGUCAUCAGAGUGACGGUAGUGAGAUAGCCCACCCCAGGCUGCGCGCCUCCACCAGGGACCUCCGCGCGUCUCCUAAGCCAAGCUCCAAGUCCACCAUUGAAGAGGACCUCAAGAAACUCAUCGACCUUGAAAGCCCAACUCCGGAAUCCCAGAAGAACUUUAAGUUCCAGGCACUCUCCUCGCCGCAGUCUCCUUUCCCCACCACCCCCACCUCCAGGCGGGCCCUGCACCGAACGCUGUCGGAUGAGAGUAUUUACAGUGGCCAGAGGGAGCACUUUUUCACCUCAAGGGCUUCGCUGCUGGACCAAGCCCUGCCCAAUGAUGUCCUCUUCAGCAGCACGUACCCUUCUCUCCCCAAGUCUCUUCCGCUGCGGAGGCCUUCGUACACCUUGGGAAUGAAGUCAUUGCAUGGAGAGUUCUCUGCUUCGGACAGCUCUCUCACCGAUGUCCAAGAGACCCGCAGGCCCAUGCCCGACCCCGGCCUCAUGCCCCUGCCCGACGCUGCUGCGGAUCUGGAUUGGUCCAACUUGGUGGAUGCCGCCAAGGCCUACGAGGUCCAGAGAGCCUCGUUCUUCGCUGCUACUGAUGAGAACCGCCGCCCCUUGAGCGCCGCCUCCAACGGUGACCAGCUGGAGGACCUGGCCCCAAUGAAGUCGUACAGCAGCAGUAAAGACUCCUCUCCCACUCUGGCUUCUAAAGUGGACCAGCUGGAAGGGAUGCUGAAGAUGCUCCGGGAAGAUCUGAAGAAGGAAAAGGAGGACAAAGCCCACCUUCAGGCAGAAGUUCAGCACUUGCGAGAGGACAACCUGAGGCUGCAGGAGGAGUCCCAGAACGCCUCCGACAAGCUGAAGAAGUUCACGGAAUGGGUCUUCAAUACCAUAGACAUGAGCUAGGGCCGGCUCCGCAGCCCGGGUCACGCCGUCGAGCGCAUUCUCAGCCCUCCCUCCCCAGCUUCCUACCCACUGUGCCCUCUUUCGGGGGGUGCACAGCACAACACCUGCAGGUCAACAAUCAUUAUCUGCCUUUUGUAGAAAAGAAAAACAAAAAAGUAAAAAUUUUAAAAAGUAAAAUAAAGUUUAACUGCUAAAAUGUGAAUGUCUAUUUUUUUGGCACAAUAUCUUUAUCUGUUAUGUAUUUUAAAAGAAACUGGGCCGGGGACAAGGUUCCCCCGCCCAUCUGCCUCUAUGUCCAUCAGCUCUUUCUUCACUAUUUCAGGUAACCCAAGCUUUCCCUUAUUAUCCUGACCAAGGUCAUUGUUCCUAGGAGAGGAAACGUCUUUAAAAAUUGUUUAUUUGGGGCAGCGAUGUCUUCACCUUCAUUCCUAAAACGCCUGGGGAGGGAGGGGCCUGCCUCCCGAAGGACUGUUCUGGAGCUAAGGCUGUUCUGUUGCACCUGGCUUACAGAUUAGUAGCAGGAGGGGGUUGUUUGGCAGUAGCAAGUCAGAGCACCAGAGGGAGGCGAAGAGCGUGCCCGCAGGCCACACCCCUUGCGGGCCACACCCCUUCCCGUCCUGCUCCCUGACGUCAUGCCCUCCUUUCUUUCCCCAGGGAGGAGGGUCCCAGGUGCUGUGUGCUCCUCAAGAGUUAGAGGCCUUUGGGUUUGGCUUAAGCAAAUCCCAGCAAAUUGAAAUCAGCUCCUCUACAGCUUCCUGGCUCCAAACAUUAAUGGGUUUCAGAAUUCCUUCAACCUAAAAUAUUGUUUGUAUGUGUUUUGGCCAAAAGUUUAGUGUUUAAGAUUUUUAAAGUUGAAAAUGCAACAAAAAUUGUAUUUUUAGCUCGCUCAAAAUGACCAUACUUAAAAAAAAUUUAGUAAAUCCUCGUCUAAAAAGCAAGAUUUCACCAGUAUUUGUAACUAGGAAAAGUGAAUGUUAACUUGUAAAUUUUAACCACCUGCUUGUUCGGAGCAAUGACUGUGACGCUAGAAUGGGCUUUUGAAACCUGCAUGCCCCCGUGCGCAGUGUAAGCACGGCACUUUCUGCGCCCUCUUGCGGCCUCCCGCGGAUCCUGCUGCAGAAAUGGUUCGCGUGCUCUCCUGUCUAGUGACGCCGCUGCUUUGGGCACGUGGCCACUGUUUGAGGGCCCUCGGUCCUGCAGAGUGCAGAGACGCUGGUCCCACCAGUGUCGAGGGACCCAGGGGAGCCCCUGGUGGCCCUGUUUCUAGCCUUCAUAAUUGUCACUAAACUGACACCUGUGCCCUCUCAGGGGGAACGUGCAGCCAUCUAGUGUCAUCUGCUUGGACGUUCCCUGCUCCAAGUCAUGCCGACUCAGUCCUCUCUCCAUCCCUGAAAAACAUGGGAUGGACCCCUUCUCUCCCCGCCCCACCACCAGACUUUUACGCUACAGUUUCAUUCAUGGUGUGAUUUCUCCAUGGGGUUUUCUUCUUCUGGUGACAAUUCUAUCAUGGAAAUAGGAAGAGCUCAGAGUGCUUUGUAAAGAUCUCAGUUGUCUCUCUCUCUCUGACUUGUAUGAAGGAGAUUGUACAUUGCCUGAUAUCUCUUUAUACAUGAGAAAUAUCAGUAACAUUUAAGCAUUCUGAAGGCUUGCUUAUCCUUCUGAGUUUAGUUUUCAUUUUGUUUUACAUUUUGUUUGGGGGCUUGGGGCAAGCUAUUUAUUAGAGUUUUGCAACAGAGUUCUUGUUUGAAGCCUUUAAAGACUACUUGUAAAAUCCAAACAAUAAAAUUCAUUUUAAAUGCUC